CCGACGUCCCCAGCGCCACCCGCGCGAUGGGCUCGGAGGUAGCGCAGCUGCUGGAAGCCGCUGACUUCGCGGCUCGCAAGCACCGACAGCAGCGACGGAAGGACCCCGAAGGGACCCCCUACAUUAACCACCCCAUCGGUGUGGCUCGGAUCCUGACCCACGAGGCGGGCGUCACUGACAUUGCAGUGUUACAGGCUGCCCUGCUCCAUGACACAGUGGAAGACACAGACGCCACCCUGGAUGAGGUGGAGCUGCACUUUGGGGCACAGGUGCGGCGCCUGGUGGAGGAGGUAACAGAUGACAAGACUCUGCCCAAGUUGGAGAGAAAGCGGCAACAGGUGGAGCAGGCGCCCCACAGCAGCCCAGGGGCCAAGCUGGUGAAACUGGCAGACAAGCUGUACAAUCUGCGGGAUCUGAACCGCUGCACCCCCGAGGGAUGGUCCGAACAUCGAGUCCAGGAAUACUUCGAGUGGGCAGUGCAGGUGGUAAAGGGGCUUCAGGGAACAAACCAGCGACUGGAAGAGGCACUGAAGCAGCUGUUCAAGGAGCGGGGACUGACACUCUGAGCAGUGCCAGGAGCCACCCGGUGGCACAGAGUCCACCUGGCCCAGCCAGAUCCAGUUCUUACUCCCGCUUUUCAGUGCCUCCCCAUCGCCCUCCCUCCUUCACUGGGCCCAGAUAGCAGGCUAAAAAGCUCCUUCAUUUUCUCACUCUGGGUGUCUCACCAACUCAACUGAGAGCCCUGGUUGUGGGGUUCAGAUGUACCUCCAUCCAAAGCCCUUUUUCAAGAUUUGGAUGUGUUUGCUAUUGUGCAUGGGGGUGCCGUCUGGCCCCUCAGGGACUUGGGCUUGUAUAAACACUGGCUUUUAAGUCGUAUGGAAAAUAAAGAAUUUGGGGCACAGGUUCCAGUUGUUGCUGCCCCUCCUUCCCCGGCCUCCUGGGUAUGGGACCGGUAUGCGGGAUGCUUGCUUCCAACUGUGAGCCUCCCGCAUCAGCCCUCAGAUUGCGGGCCUCAACCCCUUCCUGAUCAGUGAGAUGGGUGUGUGAUUAUCACGGCGAGGGAGCCUGACACGUGGGCGCUCAAGAAACGGUUCCCUUAACAGAGUUGGAAGAGAUGACAGAUGUAUUGGAAAGCAGAGCCACCGCUCCUGACCGGUCCCUGGAGGGACACCCCCCCGCCCCCACAAGAUGACAUGGC